GGGGUGUGUUCCAUCUGUGUCCAGGAGGGGGGGAAUGCCACAGGGAAAGUGGGGACCGACAGGAAUUUCGGGGUGUGGCCGGGGCCGGGCAGGCACGGGGUCAUGGGGCAGGAGGGCUCUGCCCUCGCCAUUCCCGGGUUAAUGAUUUCCAGGGAAUCCUCGAGCCUCUCCUUCUGCAGAGCCCACGGCCCGGCGGGGUGCACCAUGGUGGAGGUGACAGUGACACCGCAGUCCUCGCUGGCCGACCGGCCAGUGCAGAUCCGUGUGCGGGGACUGUCCCCAUCCCAACUUGUCACCCUCCGGGCAUGGCUGAAGGAUGAGCAGGGCGAGUGCUUCCAAUCCCGCGCCUUUUUCCACGCUGACGCAGCGGGAGAGGUGGAUCCCGGGCUCCACGCUGCCCUUGGGGGCAGCUACUCCGGGGUCUGGCCCAUGGGGCUCUUGUGGUUCCUGCAGCCCGACACGCUUUUCCGCCGGCUGGUGAAGCGGGACGUGGCCGGCAGCCCCUUCCGCGUCCGGCUGGAAGUGUUUGACGGGCUCGGCAUGGGCACGGAUCCCCGGGAGCAGCCGCUGGCAUCCUGCGAGGCCGAGCGGUGGUACGUGGGCCCCGGAGUGCAGCGGGUGCCCAUCCGUGAGGGAAGGGUCCGUGGCGCCCUGUUCCUGCCUCCUGGUCCGGGCCCCUUCCCCGGAGUCAUCGACCUGUUUGGGGGUGCGGGGGGGCUGAUUGAGUUCCGGGCAGGCCUCUUGGCCAGCCGGGGCUUUGCCGUGCUGGCCCUCGCCUUCUUCGCCUACGACGACCUGCCCCGAGCCCUGACCCAGCUGGACCUGGAAUAUUUCGAGGAAGCGGCAGAGCUGCUCCUCCGGCAUCCCAAGGUCCGAGGCCCCGGCCUGGGCGUGGUGGGCGUCUCCAAAGGCGCGGAGGUGGCCUUGGCCAUGGCCACCUUCCUGCCGCAGGUGGUGGCCACGGUGUGGAUCAACGGUACGAGCUUCCUGUAUGGAAACCCGCUGGUCUAUAAGGAGCUGCGCAUCCCCGCCAUUCCCUACCGCACCGAGCGCGUCGUGUUCACCGACGUGGGGGCCAUGGACAACUCGGCCAUCUUCGCCGACCCCCGGGAUCCCGCCCACCAGGCCUCGGCCAUCCCGGUGGAGAAGAUCCGGGGCAAGGUGCUGUUUGUGGUGGGAGAGGCCGACCGCAGCUUCAACAGCAAGCUCUUCGCCGAGCUGGCCCUGGCGCGGAUGCCGCCGGAGAGAGGCCGGAUCCUGUCCUAUCCCGGCGCCGGGCACCUGAUCGAGCCCCCCGGGUCCCCCCUGUGCAGCAACUCCAGCAUCCGGGGCACUCCCAAGCCGGUGGCGUGGGGGGGAGAGCCCCAGCCCCAUGCCCGGGCCCAGGAACAUUCCUGGCAGGAGAUCCUGCAGUUCCUGGAGCUCCAUCUGGGGUCGGUUGCUGCCAUGAAGCUGUGAGGGGUGGGGAAAAGGGGUUGUGGUCACCGGGAUUGUCACUGAAGGGAAUAAAGUGUCACCGCUGAUGGCUCCUGCCUGUG